AGCCGGAAAUAACGACAUCAGCGAAGCUUUUUGGGCGGGGCCUGGAUCGGGCAGCUCCAGAGGCCGCGAUUUCACAUCGGAAACAAAACAGCGGCUGCUGGGGAAGGAGCUUCCCCUGCGAGCGGCCGGUGACGGCGGCAAGGGAAGAGUAGACCUGAUCCAGAAUCCCGCAAGUGACAGCAGCCUGCAAGGUCCUUAGAAAUAAAGCUUGGCCUGCGGAAGAACACAUGAAAGAAAGAUUGUUUUCUUUUUCCCUUUUCAGAACCCCAAGAGGCUUUGUUUUCUGUGAAAAAGUAUUUCUAUACGGUUGCUCCAAUGACAGAGUUACCUGCCCCUUUGUCCUACUUCCAGAAUGCACAGAUGUCCGAGGACAACCACCUGAGCAAUACUGUACGUAGCCAGAAUGAUAAUAGAGAACGGCAUGAGCAUAGCAGCGAAAGGCGGAGACGUGGCAACCCUGAGCCAUUAUCUAAUGGACGACCCCAGGGUAACUCACGGCAGGUGGUGGAACAAGAUGAAGAAGAAGAUGAAGAGCUGACAUUGAAAUAUGGCGCCAAACAUGUGAUCAUGCUCUUUGUCCCUGUGACUCUCUGUAUGGUGGUGGUCGUGGCUACCAUUAAAUCAGUCAGCUUCUAUACCCGGAAGGAUGGACAGCUAAUCUAUACCCCAUUCACGGAAGACACGGAGACCGUAGGGCAGAGAGCCCUGCACUCUAUUCUGAAUGCUGCUAUCAUGAUCAGCGUCAUUGUUGUCAUGACUAUUCUCCUGGUGGUUCUGUAUAAAUACAGGUGCUACAAGGUCAUUCAUGCCUGGCUUAUUAUUUCAUCUCUGUUGUUGCUGUUCUUUUUCUCAUUCAUUUACUUGGGGGAAGUGUUUAAAACCUACAAUGUUGCCAUGGACUACAUUACUGUUGCACUCCUGAUCUGGAAUUUUGGUGUGGUGGGAAUGAUUGCCAUUCACUGGAAAGGACCUCUGCGACUCCAGCAGGCAUAUCUCAUUAUGAUCAGUGCCCUCAUGGCCCUGGUAUUUAUCAAGUACCUUCCAGAAUGGACAGCGUGGCUCAUCUUGGCUGUGAUUUCAGUAUAUGAUUUAGUGGCUGUUUUGUGUCCAAAAGGCCCACUUCGUAUGCUGGUUGAAACAGCUCAGGAGAGAAAUGAAACUCUCUUUCCAGCUCUUAUUUACUCCUCAACAAUGGUGUGGUUGGUGAAUAUGGCAGAAGGAGAUCCAGAAGCCCAAAGGAAGGUAUCCAAAAACUCCAAUUAUAAUGCACAAAGCACCGAAAGCGAGACCCAAGACCCUGUGACAGAGAGUGAUGAUGGUGGUUUCAGUGAAGAGUGGGAAGCCCAGAGGGACAGUCGCCUAGGACCUCAUCAUUCUACGACUGAGACACGAGCUGCUGUGCAGGAACUUUCCAGCAACAUCCUCUCCAGUGAGGACCCAGAAGAAAGGGGAGUAAAACUUGGAUUAGGAGAUUUCAUUUUCUACAGUGUUCUGGUUGGUAAAGCUUCUGCAACAGCCAGCGGGGACUGGAACACAACCAUAGCCUGUUUUGUAGCCAUAUUAAUUGGUUUGUGCCUUACAUUAUUACUCCUCGCCAUUUUCAAGAAAGCAUUGCCAGCUCUUCCGAUCUCUAUCACUUUUGGGCUUGUUUUCUACUUUGCCACAGAUUAUCUUGUACAGCCCUUUAUGGACCAGUUAGCAUUCCAUCAAUUUUAUAUUUAGCAUAUUUGCAAUUAGAAUCCCAUGGAUUUUUCUCCUUUGACUAUAAUAAAAUCUGGGGAGGACAAAGAUGAUUUUCCUGUGUCCACAUCUAACAAAGGCAAGAUUCUCAGCUGGACUUUUUGCAUCUUCCUUCCAAGUCUUCCUGACCACCUGUACCAUUGGGCACUGGAAGGAGGUGUCUACAGAAAAUGGUUUGAACAUACGUCAUUGUGAUGGACUGAGUCCCUCGGUGCAAAAACUACCAGAUUUGAGGGACAAGGUUGAGGAAAAGGGACGGACCACGAAGUUGCUGUGCUCCCGCCAGCAGUGUAACCCUUGGUCACAGGUGGAUUUUACCAACACUGCAGACUCUCAGGACUACCAUCACCAAGAAAUUAAAUGGCGUGGUUUAAACCAAACAGGACUCUUCAUCCUGACUCCAUGUUGAAGAUCAACCUAAUAAACCUGUCUUGAAUUCGGAGCCUUUUCAGGAGGUGCUGUGAGGAGAGCGGGCACCAGCAGCAAAAUGAAAAGGUUUUUGACAAGGGGCUCCAACUUUCACUUUCAGACCUUUUUGCUGCAGACUUAUCCUUUUUAAAUAAGCCUUUUUUUUUUUUUUUUUCCACUUUGAGUCAAGUCAGGUGUGUAGGUUGAUUUUGAAAAGUCUCGUUUUCAAGCACUGAAACUCAGUACCAUCAACGGUUGCCAUUUCUUCCCACGGCCAGUCUGAACUGAUUCGAGGUUGCUUUAUCCUAAAAGUCUUAACCUCAGGUUCCAAAUUCAGUAAUUUCUGGAAAGAAUGGAACUAUAUCCAAACGGUUUCCUAUCAGCCUUAGGUGCAUUCUGGAUUUUCCACCAAAUUCUUUAUUUUUAGACAUACUUGUAGGUUCACGUGGCCCUGGAUGCUUCCAUUCUUCCCAUCUCUCCCUGACUCCCCCGUAAGCAUUCUCUUAUACAGCAAGUGAGACAGCUCUGUUGUGGUAGCAGAUGAUCCAGUUACUCUCGGGUUUUACUCUUUGCGUGGUGCAAAGAAUGUGUUCUGAAUCAGUGCUGUCAGCCUCGCUGUCAUAAUUUCUUCAGUAGCAAAUACAAUGUGUCCCUUGAGACAGUGGAAUUAAAGAAGAGUAAAAUGGCUGGUGAAGCACUUUCGUCCUGGUUUUUCUUUUCUUUCUUUUUUUUUUUUUUUUUACCGCAACCCAUUGUCUCUGACUGUGGGUUGGAAUUUGGACCAACAGCCAAAAGCUGGUGGUUAUAAAGUUAGUUGUAUCAGUACAAAGUAAAAGUUUGGAGAAAGCCAUGAUUUUACUUAGCCAUGUGUGGGAGGACCUAGGGUCAGGAGGAGAACCAGCUGCCAAGAAGAGAAGGAAGGGGCCUCUAACAGCCAGUGGGACAGAAUGAGCUAACAUCCCGUGGGCAGAUGUUAGGAGAACCAAGUUCUUCCUCAAGAACCUCACAGUAGGUGUUAUGUGCUUUCCCUUCUGCCUUACCUUUCAUUUCAGUAUACCUUUGAACUGGACUGUCAGGCUAAGGCCCAGUGCAGCUCAGCUGGGGACAUGAACAAAGCUGUCGGCCUGUGGGCACAUGAUUCCUUCAAGCGAAGUUUGGCUGGGCACAACCCUCCUUCUCCCACUGACAGCCCUUGCCAUGGUGAUCAGACUAUAAGCAUUUGGAGAAACUUAGUCUCCCCUUGUGGCUGAACAGAAGGGCCAGCUUUUCUUCUUGUUCCUGCUUUUUCUCCAGCCUAUCAUGUGAUCUGGUUUGCAAUUCUCCUUGGAGUUUAGAAUAUCUGUUCUGUCACAGAAUAUUGUAAACUAACUUUAGCAGUAGUGUGUUGGUCAUAACCGGGGUGUAAGUAAAAACUGGCUCAUAGUGGGCAGUUGAGAGCUGCGGGGAAAAACAAAAAAGGAGUGCUAUGCACAAGAGUGGGGCUUAAGGUAGUAGGUUCUUUCAUCUCUAUCUUUGUUUAGCCUUUUCUUUCCAAGAUUCUUUUUCCCCAGAUACGUAGCAGUGUGGGUAUUAUCUUCUAGAAAGACACGUGAAUCAAGCACUACAACAAAGCCACAUGAACGUGUUUGUGGUUCGAGGCAGUCUUGAGGGAGCCCUGAUCUAGAGUAGUCUACUUGUGCAAAGGCCCCAGAAGUACUGUAUGUUUCAUGAAAGGUUCAUCCCAGAAGAGACUAUGUGGUGUGAGUCCAUCCUUUGUAUCACUGUCCUACGUAGAAAGAUUGCAAUAAAACUCACUUUCUACACGACAGAACCACAUCUCAGCAUAGAACUCUUCUUUCCUAAAACCCCAAUCUCAGGUGCAGACCUUUGCCUUGGAACUUUCUUCUUAGGGUAAAUCCAGUUGUUUCUGAAAUAUCAAAAUGCUAGUCUUCCACCAUGAGAAACAGAUUGUCACCAGGGAACACAGUCCACUGCGGACGUGCCCUCACACAGGGCAGGGGUGGCUAUGGGGCCGGGUCAGACCACCUGCUUAAUGAAGAGGAGGAAGGAGAGGGGCCACUGAUGUCUGGGCCUGACUGGCUCACAGAAGACAAGAGUGUUUAUGUACAGAAGGUUGCUACAAACUAGCCUGUGGGCAUACCAACCAUAUUUGGAAGCUCUGUGGACCUUUUUUUCAAAGAGGAAGAGCUUGCUUUUCCUGUUUUUGAUUCUAAGUCAGCAUCUGGUCCUAGGAAUACAGCUCUCACUGUAAAUGAUUAAAUUUCUUGAUGAGAACAAAGCUUUGUAAGCAACUUGGAAGAAAAUCAUAGGUGAACGAUUUAUUGAUUUCACUGAAGAAGCAAAAACUAGAGAGAUAGUCUUCACUUUUAAACUCCUGGAUCCCCAGUUUUUAAAGUCCCUUGAUUUUUAAAAGCCCUCCUUCCAUAACCGAUGUCUAUGCAGUAAGUGUAGUGCUUGUCCUUUACUUGGCUUCAAAAAACUUUGUAUAGUAGUCUUGGUCAGAAUUUGUAGAAUGUGAGAUAAAAGUUAAGCUCCCACAUAAGAUCUUCCAGGGUCAGCAUCUCAAGGAAGUCUCUGGUCCUGACCCCCAGGGCUUGGGCUUGCAUAUUUGCCUUUUCAUGAUCUAGCCCUGGAAGGAAAAGAGCCCAGAAACCACUAUGGAGGGAUUUAUCCAGGGUCUUCCAUGUUCCUGGCAUGGUGCUGGAGUCUAAAGAUGCGAAGAUGGAUAAGACACACCCUCAGAAUGCAGCUGUAGUUUCCUGUUUGCUGAGAGAUGCCAUCUUUGACUUCUCUAAAAUAUCGGUACUUGUCAGUAACCCCUUUUCAGGUUACCCUUUGAUGUUAUAAAGGUGACUUGAUUGUUCCAGGAACCACUCCUUUCAGUCAAGUACUCCUUUUUCUCUGCUUGCUUGUGGAUGGUGUAUAACAUUCUCACCUGCCGUUCUAGAACCUCACCUCUGGGGUAUCCACAGAGCUGGGGGGGGGGGCGGGAAUUGAAAACUGGACAUUUGGUCUUGCCCUGGGAUGAAACCAUAUCAUCAUCAUGAGUUUGAUCCCCAAAGGGAUCAUCUUGCUUCUCUUUAAAUCCCCCAAACACAGGAGUUUAAAAACAGUGGUUUUGGCUCUUGACGGCCCUCGGUGAAGUUGCCGAGCAGAGUGUUCCUAACAAGGCUGUCAUCACGCUCACCCCCUGAAUCAUCUGGAUGCCACCCUCUGAACAGUCCUCUCCUCUGGUAGGAAAAACCUCAGAUGCACAUAUUAAAAAUCAGCCAAGUGCUGAAAUGAACCCUUUUCUCUGACUGUUUUCCAGGGCCUUGGACAGCUGCAACAUUGCCCUGAGGAAGUAGCGGGGUCCGCCCUGCCCUGGAGCCGGGGUUAGCACCUCAGCCCGGGUGUGUAGCAGGAAAGAUUUCCCAGGAAGCAAUUUUCCUUUGAAAAUAAAUAAUUGUUGUAAAAGGGCAGCUUCAAAAUUAACUGUAGAGAGUAGCGAGUACAGCACCGUCUGUUGACGGUGUGACAGGAGGGGCUGGAUGCAGGUUUCAGCAGGUCGUUUCCAUGUUCGUCAUCUGGCUUUUGGUCCUACAGACCCUGCUUUGUACAUGAUUCAGACAGACUGUGAAUACCUCUUUUUUAAAUAUCUUUCAAAUUCUUGGUAAGAUAUAAUUUUGAUAGAUGAUUACAGAUUUUCCUGUAUUUGUCAAAUUAAUAAAGAUUGCAUGAUUCCA